CUAUCUAGGAUAACACAUUUAUUGAAGUUUUAGACUUGGCAGAUAAUCACCUUGAACCUGAAGGGGCAGUUGCCAUAGCAACCAUGUUGAAAGAAAACUGCUUCAUAGUUAAAUUGGACAUUUCUGAGAAUACAGUUGGCGCUAUAGGAGCAGGUGCUAUAUCAUCUAUGCUAGAAAUUAACUAUACCUUAAAAACCUUGAUUCUGAGAUCCACCCACCUGAAAGAUUCUGAUGCCCAACUUCUGUCAAGUGCACUAAAAAACAACUCUACUCUGUUAGAGCUAGAUCUUUGUCACAAUGAUUUAGGUGAUCUGGCUGGUAUGUACUUAGCCUCAGGUUUGGCAGAAAACAAUUCACUAGCAAAGUUGAAUUUAAGUUGGAAUGCAAUUCGCGGCAAAGGAAGUGUAGCAUUGUUCAAUGCUCUCAAGGCUAAUUCCAUUCUGGAAAUCCUGGAUCUUUCAUGGAAUGGAAUAUCACUUCCUGGUUGUCAAGCACUUGGCAGAGCACUUAAAGUAAACACUACACUCAGAAUAUUGGAUAUGAGUAAUAACCACAUAACUCCUGAAGCAGCCAAGAAACUUGUAAUUGGGCUGAAGAAAAACAUUGGAUUAGAAGCUUUCUUGGUUGGUAUGAAUCCCCUGGGUGAAGAAGGAAUUAUGACAUUAUUGGUUCCAUUGUAUAAACAUUCUACACUUAGAAUUUUCAGCUUACAGGGUCUGACAGUUUCUACAGGAAUACAAGCCAAAAUAGAGGACCUUAUGGAUAUCAAGGAUCUUUACAUCCUGCAUUCUGGUGUGGGUGGAUACCGCAGACAAAGGAUCUCAUGUAGCACAAUCAGUAUGGUGGAGCAGUUUAUCAAUGAGAACCAACUCCAUGCUUUAGAUGGAUUCACACAGCGAGACUUAGAUCGAACUGGAUACAUAUCAUUUGGGGAUGUUCUAGAAGUACUUUAUGAGCUUGGUUUGAAGAUCAGUGAGGAACAAGUGAAAAAAAUUCAAACACAUGUUAUGUUGCAGAGAAGAUCAAAAGUUAAUUACAGGCAAGUUAAAGAUUACAUUUUUAGUCCCCUGUCGGACGCAGUCUGA